CAUUACUCCCUCAUACUCCUGCAAUGGCCCACGUUAACAAUGUUGUGAAUGUGCCUGCUCCGGGCAUCCCGUACUUCCAACCGGCGCAGAACCCGCCUGCAGGUACCGCUCUCGACCCCCAGCCAGAUGGCAAGCCCAUCCCGAAGGUCUUCCAGCCGCUGAAGAUCCGCGGCGUCGAGUUCCAAAACCGCAUCUGGCUUUCUCCUCUGUGCCAAUACUCCUCUGAAGACGGCAAGGUGACCGCAUGGCAAUUCGCUCACUUGGGCGGCAUCUUCACCCGUGGUCCUGGUCUUACCGUCGUCGAAGCGACCGCCGUCGUUCCUGAGGGUCGUAUUACCCCUCAGGACGCAGGCAUCUGGUCCGACGAGCACAUCGAGCCCUGGCGCAAGAUCAUUGAGUUCGCGCACUCGCAGGGCCAAAAGGUCGCCAUCCAGCUCGCCCAUGCCGGCCGCAAGGCCUCCACUGUCGCCCCCUGGCUCAACUUUGGCCUGUCCGCGCCCGAGAUUGACGGCGGCUGGCCAAACGACGUCUACGGCCCCAGCACGCUCCCCUACAAUGAGAAUUUCCCGCAGCCGAAGGAGCUCAGCAAGGCGGACAUCAAGCGUGUCGUGCGGGCGUUCGCAGACGGUGCGAGGCGUUCCCUCCGCGCUGGGUUCGACGUGAUCGAGAUCCACUCUGCACACGGAUACCUCCUGAGCGAGUUCCUCGCGCCCUCGGUCAACAAGCGCACGGACGAGUACGGCGGCAGCUUCGAGAACCGCAUCCGCCUGCUCAUCGAGGUCGUCGACGCCAUCCGCGCCAUUAUCCCGUCCACGACGCCGCUCUUCGUCCGUAUCUCUGCGGCCGACUGGCUCCACAGCGUGGUCCCCAACGAGUCGUGGACCCCUGACGACACCGUGCGCCUCGCGCCGAUCCUCGCCGAGCACGGCGUCGACCUGCUCGACGUGUCCUCCGGCGGCAUCGACCCGCGCCAGCAGUUCAAGCUCGCGCCGUUCAUCAACAGCGACGACAACGAGCGCAAGACGGCGGGCCUCCUGCAGGUGCCGCUCUCGCGCGCCGUCAAGAAGGCGCACGGGUCGCAGAUCCUCGUCGGCGCCGUCGGCGGCAUCGUCAACGGCCACCUUGCCGAGGCCGUUCUCGAGGAGGGCUCGGCGGACGUGAUCUUCGUCGGCCGCCACUUCCAGAAGAACCCGGGCCUCGUGUGGACGUUCGCGGAGGACCUCGGCGUGACGAUCACGCAGGCGCACCAGAUCGAGUGGGGCUUCAUUGGCCGGGGCGGGCUCGGCCGCAAGCCUGUGAGCGCGACGAAGGCAUAGGCCGCGUGGACUUGUGCUACGCGACGGAUGUUCCCUCCUGCUUUGCUGAGACGCUAUAGUUUUGCCGAUAGAUUUUUGCUGUAUUUCGAAUGUUGCAUAAUAGACUCAUCGGAUGUGUGGGUUGUACC